UGUAAUAGAAGAACAUGAGCUACCUAUACGACUAUGUGGAACGAUUUCUGCCUACAUCCUGGAGACGGAAGCGGAUACGACGACCGAUGGUGCAUUGGUCGCCGCCAGAAGACUCACCUUCAGCGAACGUCCUUACCGUGAAAGCAGUAGAUUUAUGUAUCGGAGAAAAUGGAAAACUGCACCACACAAAACGGUUCGAGCUAAUGAACCGAGACAGUAACACCGGUCCGCUGGCGCGAUUGGUAAUACGGAGGGGUCAAAUAUUUCGCCUGCGGCUGAUGUGCGAUCGUCCUUUUGAUCGGGGCCAGGAUGCCAUGAGUCUGAUUUUUAGCGUAGACGACGAAGAACGGCCAACCCACGGACACGGAACGCUGGUUGGUGUGGCAUUGCAGCAGUAUCCACACAUGAUCGAGGAUCCGCUGGAAUGGGGAGCUGCGAUUGACUUUGUGAGCGGUGACGUGCUGGAGAUUUUAGUCAAAUCAGCCGUUACCGCACCGGUUACCAAAUGGAAGCUGGAUAUUGAUACCAAAUUGCUGUCCGAAGGUUAUGGCAAAAGUUACUCGCUGCCUCAGCCGUUCUAUUUGCUGUUCAACCCGUGGUGCGAAGACGAUCAGGUGUACUUAGAAGAUAAGGCCCUUCGAGAUGAAUGUAUCAAAAAUGAUACGACACUCAUUUGGAGAGGGUCCUACAAUCGUUUACGACCGUCGGUUUGGAAGUUUGGCCAAUUUGAGAAACACAUUCUGGAUUGCUCUCUGAUGGUGAUUGCGAAAGUCGGGAAAGUAUCCGCCACCCAUCGGGGUGACCCCAUUCGUGUCAGUAGGGCUAUUUCGGCAGCUGUUAAUUCGCCGGAUGAUGACGGUGUCUUGCUCGGCAAUUGGAGUGGCGAUUUUUCCGGUGGAACGUCCCCAACGAAGUGGGUUGGAUCGGUGGAGAUAAUGCAGCAGUACUACAAGAAGCAAAAGCCAGUAAAGUUCGGACAAUGUUGGGUGUUUUCUGGGGUUGUUUCCACUAUCGCCCGAGCAAUUGGAAUUCCUUCGCGUGUGGUAACGACUUACUCAUGUGCCCACGACACCCAAGCGUCCCUAACGGUGGACUAUUUUGUCGACGAAAAAGGGAGAGUUAUGGAGGAAUUGAAUUCGGACUCGAUCUGGAAUUAUCACGUUUGGAACGAAGUUUGGAUGCUACGUCCUGAUCUGGGAAUGAGCUCUGAUGGUGACUACGGCGGUUGGCAGGCGAUCGAUGCAACUCCGCAGGAAACAUCCGACGGGAUGUUUCGCUGUGGGCCGGCUUCUGUUUUAGCUGUGAAAUUGGGAGAAAUCGCUAAACCAUACGAUAAUAACUUCCUGUUUGCCGAAGUAAACGCGGACAAAGUAUUUUGGCGUUAUACUGGUCCGGCUCAUCCUUUGAAACUGCUCCGUAAGGAUGUGUAUGGAAUUGGCCAUUUUAUUAGUACGAAAGCCGUUGGAAAAUGGGAACGAGAAGACAUCACCAGCAGUUAUAAGUUUGCCGAGAAAUCUCAGGAAGAAAGAGAUACCAUGAUGAAAGCACUGAAGCAAGCUAAUAGUGCUUUUAGCAGAUAUUAUCUGAACGAAGAUUUUAAUGAGAUUUAUUUCAACUUUGAGCUUCAUGACGACAUCAAAAUUGGCGAGCCGUUUUCAGUGAUUCUACAAAUCAAAAAUCGUUCAUCAGAACGAACACAUACGGUAAAUGGCUCUCUGAAUGUUGACACCGUGCUCUACACAGGAAAAGACCGUGAAACGGUCAAAGUGGAACCAUUUAGUAUCGUUAUUGAGCCAAAUUCGGAAGACUUUGUUAGGAUGGAAGUCACAUUUGAUGAGUACUACAGAAAGCUUCGUGACCAGGCGGCGUUUAACAUUUCCUGUUUGGCAACUGUCGAGGAAACUGAGUAUGAAUUUUUCGCACAGGAUGAUUUUCGAGUUCGAAAGCCCGAUAUCAAGAUAAAAUUGUCCGAUACUCCGGUCUUCCAAAACCCGGUAGAUAUAACGAUUUCGCUACUAAAUCCACUUCCGAUAGCGCUUCGGAAAGGAAUCUUCCACGUCGAAGGGUCCGGUAUUGCGAAACCAUUUAUUUUUAAGCAUUCGGAGGUGGCCGUUGAUGAGACUAUUAGCAACACGUUUAGCUUAACACCGGAGUUUGUAGGACGUGCUACGUUAGCUGUUAAAUUCACUUCUAAAGACCUGGAUGAUGUCGAUGGUUUUCUUGCCUAUGAAAUCAAACCACGGCCAGAAGAUAUACUGAUGAAUGGCACUGAAAAUGAAAUAAUUGCCCGAACGGAUGUGAUUGACUAACGUACCAAUGCAUUGGUAUGGAUAUCUCCUUGACAAACCGCGUGUUCAUAAGU